AUGGCAGGUAUAGUAUCCGACGAAAUGGUGGCAGAAGAUUUCAGCUCAACACCUUGCCCGCUGUCAAAGGAAUCACAUCAUGAAAAAAUUAUAUUACAAACAGGCGAUGCACAUGGAGUCUGUGAUGAAGAUUCUACCUCGCCCGCUUGGCAGCCGGUGUCAGCUUCUUUUAAAACACCAUCUCUUGAUGCACUGGAAGAUUCACCCAAUGCAAAACAAAAAUACUUCAAAAAAUGCGUGCCCCUAUACAAGGCUGCGGUAGAAGGUGACUGGGAAGCGGCUAGUAGAAUCAUGAUUGAAGAUGAAACUCUUUUACGUGCAUCUAUCACGAAAGGAUGGCAGACUGUUCUUCAUGUUGCCGCAGGAGCAAAACAUGUUCACUUUGUGAAGGAGUUGCUGAAACAGUUGGACAAACGCGACCUAGAAUUACAAGAUCAAAAGGGCAAUACAGCCUUAUAUCAUGCUGUUGCAGCUGGAACCCUACCAGUGGCUAAGAUUUUGAUGCAAAAGAAUCCAAGGCUGCUAGAAAUUCGGGGAGGUCAAGGAUUGUCACCGCUCUAUUAUGCUGCUUUGUUUGGACAUGGCAAGAUGUCUUUGUAUCUCUACCCUGAACUCAUAAAACUUGUUAGUGAGGCGGAAAGAGCUGGGAUAUUUUUCAGCUGCAUUAACAACGGUUUAUAUGAACUAGCAUUGAAAAUGCUUAAAGACUAUCCGGAGCUUGCAGUGGUUCGCAACGCGAAUGGUGAGACAGCAUUGCAUUUGUUGGCUCAGAAGCCUUCGGCAUUCGCCAUCAAAACUUCAAGAAUAUUGAAAAACUUCCUUUAUUCUUGUACAAACAAGAGAAACUUGACAAGAACGCCCUGCUGUCAAUUACUGAAAUGUCUUUGGGAAGAAGUUUUAUGGCAAAAUGACUCGACUGUUAUCGACGUUAUAAGAAGGCCUUCACAUGUACUAUUUAUCGCAACAAAGCUGGGAAACUUUAAGUUCGUGGCUGAGCUUAUUGGCUCUUAUCCUGAUUUGAUAUGGGAAACAGAUGACAGCAAUCAGAGUUUAUUCCACAUCGCAGUCGCAUACCAUCAGGCAAGCAUAUUCAGUCAGGCACAAAAGCUGGGUUUAAAUAAGAAUAUCGUGCUCUCGUUUAAAGAUGAUAAGAACAACAACAUACUACAUUUAGCGGCGAAGUUAGCUCCAUCAAAUCAAUUAAAUACCGGGUCAAGAUCUACCAUUCAAAUGAAACGAGACUUAUCAUGGUUUAAGGUAACCCGUCUCUCCCUCCCUUUAAAAAAAAUAAUGUAG